GAUCCGCAGCGUCUCUGGGGCACUUUCCUGCGUCCCCUGCUGAUUGUGCGACCCCCGGGUAGCCCCGGCAAUCUCCAAGUGAGAAAGUUCCUGGAGACCACGUUGCGGUCGCUAUCAGCAGGCUGGCACGUGGAACUGGACCCUUUCACAGCCUCAACACCCUUGGGGCCAUUGGACUUCGGGAACGUGGUGGCCACACUUGACCCAGGAGCUGCCCGUCACCUCACCCUGGCCUGCCAUUAUGACUCCAAGUUCUUCCCUCCUGGGUCACCUCCCUUUGUGGGGGCCACAGACUCGGCUGUGCCCUGUGCCCUGCUUCUGGAGCUGGCCCAGGCCUUUGAUGUGAUGCUGAGCAGAGUCAAGCAGCAGCAGCAGGCAGCACCCGUGAGCCUGCAGCUGAUCUUCUUUGACGGGGAGGAGGCGCUGAGAGAGUGGGGACCACGGGACUCGCUUUAUGGCUCCCGGCACUUAGCAAUCCCACACAGCCCCGGCCCCACUAGGAUCCAGGCUAUUGAGCUCUUUGUUCUUCUUGACCUCCUGGGAGCGCCCAGUCCAAUCUUCUUCAGUCACUUCCCCCGCACAGCCCGCUGGUUCCAACGACUGAGGAGCAUCGGGGUCCAGGUGCUCCACCUCAUUGCCACGCCCUUUCCUGCUGUGUGGCACACUUUUGCUGACACGGAGGACAACCUCCACCCACCCACCGUGCACAACCUGAGCCGCAUCCUCGCUGUGUUCCUGGCUGAGUACCUGGGACUCUAGCCUGCAGACAGAUACUUUGGAAGGAUCUUUCACACCUAGCUGUGGGACAUGAGAGGACACCUUGAGCCAGUGCGGGGUGGCCAGGCUCACCUCAGAUAGUAUGCUACAACCACCUCAAACCACUGCAUUUCAAGGUCAUGCCAGAAAAACUGAGGAAACGAGGAAGCCAAAGGCAUAGUUUUGGCGUCUGUUCUGAAGUAAACAGACUGGUCUGGAAGUUCCCAGGGAUCAAAUGAUGUAACAUAGGCUGGCAAUUGGGCCAGCACCACCAACCAAAUGAAUCCUCUCUCUGUAGCUAA